AUAUAUCUCAACCUUUGGAAUGGACCUAGUUCAGUAGAGCUCCCUUCUAAGUUCUAACACAUCAAGAAAACACAAUUCUUUAAUUUUCGCAGAAUCACACACAGUUCACACCACCAAGCCAAUUAUAAGACACCGAAUCAGAAACCCUUAAACACAAAACCGAUCAAUCAAUGGUGAAAUCGAUAGGAAUAUAUCUAACCAAAAACUCUCUCAUGUUCCUUCGUCCCAUGCCCACAGUCUCAUGGAGAACCACAUUCACAUUCACUCUCUUCCGACACUCAAAUCUCAAACACUCGAUGAAGCUCUCUUCUUCUCAACCCUUCUCUACCACUUCCACCCCAUAUCCACUUCAGUACGACAUGAUCAUCUCUCGCCCAACUCAGUCCUCUCUCCCCCAAACUCGCCGUCCACCCCAACAAGUCUCUCACUCCAAACCCAUCGAUUCUCCCGAGUCAGAACCCGAUUCAGAAUUGGGGUUUGAUGAUUGGGUCGAUCGAAAGCUAACAUCACCCAAUUCGGAAACCGAAUAUAGCCAACCCAUGUUGGAUAAUUUCGAGAUGGAUAAAUCUAAGAGAAAGUAUUACAAUAAGAGGAGGAAGAGAAUGUAUGGCUCAGAUUCCGACGAUAACCGUCGCGAUGACGAGAAGUAUGUUGAGUUGAAGCCGGAAGUGGUUGAGCUUCGUACAUUGCAUAAGAAAGAAGAGGAAUUGUAUUUUUAUGAUACGUUUACGUAUCCAUGGGAGAAAGAUAAGCAUUAUAAGAUGGUGUAUCAAUUGGAGAAGAAGUAUUUUCCUGAUCAGUGUUUCGAUAAGGCGUUUCUUGGACCCGGUGAAUCGAAUGCUAAUGCAAAUUCAAGUGCGAAUAACGUGAAAAGGGGAGUGGUUAGGAGUGGAGACAAGAAGGAUAAGGUGUUGGAUCGAGAGAAUGAGAAAGGGUUGGUUUUCUUUGAGGAUGAAAGGGAAAUGGGAGCCACAAAGGAGGUGAAAAUGGACGUUUCGGAGAAGAAGGUGGUGGAGUUCUUUAAGUGUUUGAAGAAAGUUCCCAAUAAGAAUGCUGAAGUUGCUAAUGUGGAGCCGUUUGUUUCAUCGAGGAGUGCUGGGCUUCCUCCAAAAUGGGAUACCCCGAGCGGAACAGUGGUUCUGGUGAACAAACCCAAAGGAUGGACAUCGUUUACAGUCUGUGGGAAGCUGCGUCGUCUUGUCAAAGUGAAAAAGGUGGGGCAUGCUGGAACUCUUGAUCCUAUGGCAACCGGUUUAUUGAUUGUAUGUGUUGGUAAAGCUACUAAGCUAGUGGAAACAUAUCAAGGUAUGAUUAAGGGUUAUAGUGGUGUCUUCCGCUUAGGAGAGGCUACCUCCACUUGGGAUGCUGAUUCACCGGUUAUCCAACGUGAGUCAUGGGAACACAUAAAAGAUGAGGACAUAAAGAAAACUGCUGCAACUUUUUGUGGGGAGAUAUGGCAAGUUCCUCCAAUGUUCUCUGCCAUCAAGGUUGGGGGCGAAAAGAUGUAUGAGAAAGCAAGAAGAGGAGAAAGCAUUGAACUUUCACCAAGACGGAUUUCAAUUUUCCAGUUUGAUAUCGAGCGCAGUUUAGAUGACAGACAAAAUUUGAUUUUCCGGGUGAUUUGCUCAAAAGGUACAUACAUUCGAUCCCUGUGUGCAGAUUUGGGGAAGGCUCUGGGCAGCUGUGCUCAUUUAACAGCACUGCGAAGAGAUUCAAUUGGGGAAUAUUCAGCGGAUGAUGCCUGGGAUUUCAAAGAACUAGAAGAAUCAAUCCCCAAAGGUUAUUUAUAAUUAAGAAGCCUUAGUACUGAUCAGUUGAGGAACACAAUUUUUUUAGCACCCUUACUCGUGGCACACUAUAUUGACUUUCUUUCAAUUGCAAUUACUUGUAUUUGUCAAAAAUGUUAAUGCUUUUAGAGGCUGGUGCUCGUAUCUGAAAUUUUUUGCUCGCCUA